AUGCCGGUGUGGACCCAGUUGGCCACCUAUCGGCUACUGGAUGGCCAACAGGUUCCCCUACACAGCCGCUGCGCGUACGCCACGCCGGUGUGGACCCAGUUGGCCACCUAUCGCCCACUGGAUGGACGACAGGUCCCCCAAAUAGCCGCUGCGUGGAAGCAAGUGCGUGGCUUCAGCGACGUGGGGAAAGCGUCGGUGAAGCCGUACUACCCGAAGGAGGCACCCUUGGCAGCCAACACCGUGCGUGUGCUGCUGGACAUGAGCAGCUCAUCUUCCACGGCAGGAAGGGCGGUGCUGGACUUGGUCGUGGUGCUACACGUCAGCGGCAGCAUGGGUGACUUUGGCAGGCUAGACAAGCUCUAG